UGUGAUUGCACAGAAACAAAUAUGCAAAUGGAGGGAGGUCAUUACAAACUGACCAAGCAGCUGCAGCAGGGCAGUCUGUUGAUCUACCACUGUCCUGAGGGCUACUAUCCAUAUCCAGAUCUGUCCCGUGUGUGCCAGCCCAAUGGCCUCUGGAAACCAUUACUUCAAAGAAAUAAACCUCAGAAAUGCAGGGUGAUUGAAUGCCCAGACCCCAGUGUGCUGGAGUAUGGAAUUGUCACUCCCUUUCAAGAGAAGUACUUGGUGGACAAUGAGACCACCUUUGAGUGCUACUCUGGAUACACAAUGCGAGGCUCAGAGAGCCGCACUUGUUUAUCAAAUGGCAAGUGGAGCGGCUUGACUACAAUCUGUAGCCGUGACUCGGGCGAUAACUGUCCAGACCCUGGUAUCCCACCUGGUUCCUCCAGAACAGGGAACAUAUUUGGCAUUGAUGACACAGUGACAUACAGCUGCAAUGCUGGCCUAAGUUUGGUGGGGUCCAGAGAGAGAGUGUGUCUGGAGAAUGGCCAGUGGACAGGCAUAGAACCCAGCUGCUAUAGCAAAUUCGCCUAUGACACUCCACUGGAAGUUUCAGAGACAUUUGGCAGUUCCAUCAAAAACAGCCUCACCACUUUACAGUCAACCGAUGACACACAGGAGGGGAGGACAAUCCGGAUUUCCAAAAGUGGGACACUUAACAUCUAUAUUGCAGUGGAUAUUUCAGAGAGCAUCGAAGAGGAACACUUUAAAAAUGCAAGGAAAGCUGUUACAACACUGAUCAGGAAGAUUGGAUCCUUUAGUGUGACUCCAAACUAUGAAAUCAUCUUUUUCUCCUCUCAGUACUAUGAGGUUGUCAAUAUUAUUGACUUUUUUGAGGGCAAAGUGGAGCUAAAGAAUGUCAUUACUGAACUGGAAAAAUUUAAAAUAAACGACAAAAACACAGGAACAGACCUGAACUUAGUCUUCCAGACCUUCUCAGAGCGAAUGGCAUUCAUUAAGGAACGAGUUGGAGUUGAAAAUUUUAAGGAGCAUCAACACGUCUUCCUAAUUUUUACAGAUGGGGCUUAUAAUAUGGGUGGUUCACCUGUACCUACAGUGGAAAGAAUCAAGAAUAUGGUUUACAUGAACCACACAGGUCAACAGCAGGGUAUAUCCAGAGAAGAAUAUCUUGACAUUUACAUUUUUGCCAUUGGAGUUGAUGUCUUUGAUGAUGACCUGCAGCCCCUCACUCUGGGGUUGGGUGGCAAGCAUUACUUCAGAAUGAAAAACAUUCUAAAUUUGCAAGAGACUUUUGAUCAAAUCAUUGAUGAAGAAGAAGUGAAGGGUCUGUGUGGUCUUCAUAAAGAGUAUGAGACAGAACACAAGAGGGAAAGAUAUCCAUGGUGGGCAUCUAUUCACGCCAAGAAAGACCAAAUUUCAAAGAAGUGCCUGGGCUCUCUGGUGACUCCUCACUUUGUCUUGACUGCGGCUCACUGCUUCUCAUUUGAAAUUGAGCCUGAAGAUGUCACAGUGGAAAUUAACAACAUUAUGAUGAAAGGAGUGAAAAGUUACACAGUGCACCCAGAGUACAAUCUUAAUGCUAAAAGAGCUGAGGGUGUGGAUGAGUUUUAUGACUAUGACGUGGCUCUCAUCCAGCUUAAGAAUUAUGUCACAAUCUCCAGCCUUGUUAGACCAAUCUGCAUACCUUGCACCCAGGAGACCAGUGAUGCUCUACAACUGACUGGCGAGACAACCUGCAGGCAACAAGAGCAGCUUCUUUUAAAGAAUCAUCUUGAUAGACUCUUUUUCCUGACCCAAAGUGGAAAUGCUGUGCUGGAAAAAUAUGGCCAUGCAAAGCUUGGGGAGACCAGAGAUGAAUGCAUCAGACAUGCACUUAAUGCAAAAGGAAUAAAUACAACAGAUGCGAGUGUUCCAGUGACUGAUAACUUCCUGUGCAGUGGUGGUGACAGAGAUCAUAUAUCAUGUAAAGGUGACUCCGGAGGUGCUGUGUUCAAGGACUUCCAACAUCGCACAAUACAGGUUGCUGUUGUGAGUUGGGGAACAGAGGAUCUGUGCGUUUCGGGAACACUUCAGGAGUCGAGCCGAACCUCCCGAGACUUCUUUCUAAAUCUUUUCAAAGUUGUGCCUUUUCUCAAAUCAAUCCUUGGAAAUAAUGAGCAGGAUGACUUUGCACCACUUAAAUUCCUGGAGGGCUAAAAGUCUUUAAACCAUACGAUGGGUUGCGCUGUUUCAUUUGUGUUUGCUUCAUGUGUAAAAAUAUUAAUGAAUAAAUGUUAUUUUGCUGAAUGAGGUAAGGAUGAUUCAUCAAAUAACUCAUUCAAUCAGUUUUUUCAACUUGACGUCACAAUUUUAAGAAAAAGGCAUCAUCCAUUGCUCUUGUUUCUAAUCAAAAAUG